AUGGGUAAAGCUGCCAAAAAGAAGUUUACAAGUGCCACUGGAAAUGGGCCUCAAGUGUCAGCGGAUAAGCAUUUGAGCUCGGUGUUCAAGUUCAACACGGAUUUGGGCCAGCAUAUUUUGAAGAAUCCACUCGUUGCCCAAGGUAUCGUCGACAAAGCGCAGAUCAAGCCCUCGGAUACCGUAUUAGAAGUUGGUCCCGGUACAGGCAAUUUGACGGUGCGUAUCUUAGAGCAGGCUCGUAAAGUCGUUGCCGUCGAAAUGGACCCUCGAAUGGGUGCAGAGCUGACCAAACGUGUACACGGAACUGCGGGCGAAAAAAAACUGGAGAUCAUGUUGGGGGAUUUCAUGAAAACCGAGUUGCCCUAUUUCGACAUUUGCAUAAGUAACACGCCGUACCAGAUUUCGUCGCCAUUAGUGUUCAAACUCAUAAAUCAGCCGCAGCCUCCAAGGGUGUCGAUUCUUAUGUUCCAAAGAGAGUUUGCCAUGCGGUUGCUGGCGAGACCAGGGGACUCGCUUUAUUGUCGACUUUCUGCCAACGUUCAAAUGUGGGCUAACGUUACGCACAUCAUGAAGGUUGGGAAAAAUAACUUCAGACCACCACCACAAGUGGAGUCGAGUGUUGUGCGUCUCGAGAUUAAAAACCCAAGGCCUCAGGUGGAUUACAAUGAGUGGGACGGAUUGUUACGGAUUGUGUUUGUUCGGAAAAAUAGAACGAUAGCGGCCGGUUUCAAGUCCAGUACUGUACUUGAAAUCCUUGAAAAGAACUACAAGGCGUACCUUGCGUCCGUGAACGACGGAUCUGAAAUGUUAGACGACACCACCAACUCCAUGCUCGACGUUGUCAAGCAGAAAAUCGAGACUGUUUUGCAAGGAACCGGGCUUUCAGACAAAAGAGCCGGUAAAUGCGAUCAAACCGAUUUUUUGAAGCUGCUUUACGCAUUCCACCAGGUCGGAAUCCACUUCGCUUGA